AUGUCAACAGCCGCUUGGCAAACGGGCAAUCGCAUUUGGUCCACAGGCAAUACCAACAAUGGAUUUCUCGACGAGAAUCUGCAGCCACAGCCACGAACUGCUCUACAGCGACUACAAACACCGGCUAAUCGCCAGCUUUUAUCGGCGCAUCUGGGUGCUGAUGGAGAAGCAGCAGCGAGCAAUGGACAUGCGGUCAGCGCUGAAAGCAAAACGUUCUAUCAAUCCCAUCUGAUUGGUGUGCAGUCAAAAUUUCGUCGCACCUAUUACCGCCCCAAGGUGGCGGUGGCAGCGCUGCUAGCCUUGGUGAUACUGCUCAUAAUUGCAAUCAUAGUCAUAAGCCUAAUGUUUAAGAAAAAUGUGGCAAUCUGUCGUAGCAAGGAGUGCAUACGUACUGCGGCUAGCCUUAUCUAUGCCAUGGACGAACAGACUGAUCCCUGCGAGGACUUUUACAAAUUCACCUGCGGUCGCUGGCCGGAGCAGCAUCCACGCCCUGAUUCUGCCACCUCCAAUGAUUGGUUUCGUGAGCGCCAAGCGCAUAUAAUGCGUGUGGUGCGCAGCUUUCUGCAGUCCAACAUCAGCAGCGCCGAGCCAGAGGCUGUGGGCAUGGCGAAGACGGCGUACAACGCUUGCAUGAAUACGGAAAUGUUGGACGAACUGCAGCUGGCGCCACUGCUGCGCUAUAUGCAAGUGUUCAAGCUGAAUGUGCUGCCAGCGACGCUCAAUUUGACGCUCAGCAGUGCGUCCAAAUAUGCAAACGAAGCUGCCAAUCUAAGCUACAAUUGGCUGGACAGCGUGGCGGCCAUAAAGCGUCAUCUAAGCGUGGAUCUCAUAGUGGGCUUCGAUGUGUUUCCAGAUCCGCUGAAUCGCAGUCUAAAUCGCAUUGCGCUUGGCACACCCGAAACGGACUCGGCGUUUCCCUUCAACAGCGAUGAUUCGCACAAAUUGCUGCGUCGAGUGCAGCGCAAAACAAUUUUUAUGCAGCAUAGCGAUGAGAACGAUGAGGAUGACAAUCAUGUAACGCAGGAGGAGGAUGAGUCAAAGCAAACCAGCGAAGGCAUGUCUGCAUAUGCGCUCUAUGUGCGCAAGAUACUUGAGAAAUAUUUGCUCUACGUAGAUCCAGAAGUUAACCAAGAGGAGGCUACACUGGGCAUUACCGAAUUGGUCAAGCAAGCCGUUAAGGUGGCACAAAAAAUUCAUACAUUAAAAGAGGAAGCUGAGAACAUUACCAAGCCUUCGAAGAAUCCUGUGGAGGAUAUUGUGUAUGUAACGCUGCUGGAUUUGCAGAAUCAAACAGAUAAGCGCAUUGCACCACAGUCUAUGCCCAUUUGGCAGCGAUAUAUGCAACUGAUGCUGGCUGGCACCAAGCAUGCUGCUCCGGCUAAUAUUAUAACCAGCCAGGCGGAUAUUUACUAUUUGCAAAGCAUUGUGGAGUUUCUGCAAGAGACGCCUGCGGCACACAUUGAGUCCUAUUUGUGGCUGAGCACUUUGGAAGAGCUGGUGCUGCAUACCACUAGCGAUAUGCGACUACUACAUGCGGAGUAUAUGCGCCUAGUCAUUGGCACUGAAGGCAGCACGCCGCGCUCGCUUUACUGCGCACAUGGCGUCAACUCGCUGUUUGGCAUGGCCGUCAGCUAUGUGCUGGCGGAUGAGCGAUUUACGAGCGAAACGCUGCCACGUGUGAAGCGCAUGCUGAGCGAUAUACGUCGCUCUUUUGACAAGCUGGUGCAUAGCACCAGCUGGAUGGAUGCCAGAACCAAGCAGCAGACAAUGCUCAAGUCUGCUGAGAUGCGCACCUUCAUAGGCUUUCCGGAGUGGCUGACCAACGACACGGCCUUGAAUGAUUAUUAUGCUGGCGUGCAGGUCAAUGCCAGCACUCACUUGGACAAUCUUAUGGGAUUUGUGCACUGGCAAAUGAUGGGCAAAAUCAAUAACAUGGAUCAGCCGGAACCCAUUGGCUGGGCAACAGCGCCGUCGAAUGUGAACGCCUUUCAUACGUUUCAAUCAAAUGCAAUAACCGUGCCCAUUGCCAUACUGCAGUAUCCGUUUUACGGCCUUGGUCUUGAAGCUAUGAAUUACGGCUCAAUUGGAACCAUACUGGGACACGAGCUGACGCAUGGGUUUGAUGACAGCGGCAGGCGCUUUGAUAGAGCCGGCAACAUGGUCGAGUGGUGGUCCAACUCGACCAUCAAUGAGUAUGUCAAUCGCACCGAAUGCUUUGUGGACCAAUACAGCCACUAUUACUUGCCGGACAUUGGCGAAUACAUUGAUGGGGAGCUCACGCUGGGCGAGAACAUAGCCGACAAUGGUGGCAUGCGUGAGGCCUAUCACGCUUAUCGUCUCUAUACCAAGGAGAUGGGUAAGGAGCAGCUUAAGCUGCCCGGUCUGGAGCACUAUACGCACGAGCAGCUGUUCUUUAUAGCAUUUGGGAAUCUUUGGUGCGAGUCUUAUACGCCAGCUGCCUCCCGAUUUGCACUGGAGGACUCACAUUGUCCCGGGCAAAUACGGCUAAAGGGCGUCUUGUCCAAUUCCGAGGAGUUUGCACGCACGUUCAAGUGUGCCAGAGGAACUGUCAUGAAUCCGCAGCAGCCCAAAUGCCGCAUUUGGUAAUGUCUGCUGCACAACAAUGAAGUGAUUUUUCUACCUACCAUAGUUCAUUUAUUAACAAAUACGAAACGUUUU